UGCUGCAAGCUCUGCUAUGGCUUCGUUUCACAGCGUUUAGAUUAGGGCAACUAGUUUUAGUUUAGAAAUAAAUAAAAAGUCUUGUAUUUAUAAACAUGCCAGUCUGCUUUCAAUAAUCUACACAAUAAUAGUUCUGCUAUGCUCAUAUUUACAAGAUUAGGUGCAGUGAAAUACGGUUUGUAGAUCAUCUAGUUUGAUGUCGUAUAGUUCAGUUGUUUUACUUUCUUGAUAUUUGGUGUCGUUUCUGUGAAACAUAUAAAUAUUUAAUUGUUUAUCAAUAGUUGUAAACUAAGGGUAGAUUAGUUUUGUGUUUGAUUUGACAAUAAUUCUCUAUAAAUCGUGUGUAACUGCUUCAAACAAUCUAACUAGGCUAGUUGUUGUCAAUUAUUGUAACCUGCUUUGUUCACACAGUUUAUGUCAAGGGACCAGUUAAAUUUGAUCAGUCAAAAUUAGGAUUACGGUAACUAAUUCGAAUCGCCCUCCUAGGAGUUUGGGUAGUGGCACUUAUGCAACAAAUAACGUUUUAUCGUCCACCGAACAGCAAUCCAUGCGAGGUUUGCUGGAUAAUCAGACCGAUUUCGGCAUGGAGACCGAGUCUAUAAAAUCGGCUCUCAGCGAACAAAGUUCCAAGUCGAAACGCUCAAGAUCUCACAACCAUCGGUCGAGUCAUCGCAAUCAUUCUCAUCGUAAUAACAGUUCACUGUUUGAAAGAGGGGAACACCUUCACCGGAAAGGAGGGGACAUGGCCCCGUUUCAGACGGCUGUCACUAUGAGCCCAGAUGACGGCCAAGAGGUUAUCGAGGUGCAGAUAUUACCUCAGGACGAAAACUGGGGCGAGAACACGACAGCAGUGACGGGGAACACGUCUGAACAGAGCGGCGGCUCCGUGGAGGACGUGGGGUCCGCGGCCGGGGGUGGCGGCUGGGGGGGCGCCUACCCCGAUGAGGGGGGUCUGGCCUUUGUGUGCCAGCGCUAUGUGGGCACUGUUAUGUCGGCCGUCAUUUCCAUGGCAGCCUUCCUCAGUCCGGUCGCUAUGGUCGUCCUGCCCAAGAUUGGUGUGCUACCGGAAAUGUCGAGUCUGAGCGGUGGCCGCCUAUUGGCUUGCGGUGCCGAAUGCCGCGGUGUGCUGGUGUCUCUAGUCAUCAAGUUGGCACUGCUACUAGUGGGCGCGUGGGCUCUGUUCUGGCGGUCGCCCUCGGCCACAAUGCCUCGCCUGUUCCUGUUGCGUGCGGCUGUCUUGCUGCUGGUCGUCGUCACCACCAUUGCCUACUGGCUGUUCUAUCUGGUGCAGAUCACUGAAGGUGUGAGAGCAGCAGUAACAGGUGAGCCAGGCGUGGAGUACCGUGCGCUGGUUGGGUUUGCCUCGAGCCUUACUGAGACCCUGUUGUUUGUGCACUAUGUGGCAGUUGCUCUGCUGGAGUUGCGGCAUCUGCAGCCCACCUACUAUGUCAGGGUCACCCGGAGUCCUGACGGCGAGUGCAGGAGUUAUGCUAUAGGUCGGCUGAGCAUACAGCGAGCGGCCGUUUGGCUACUGCAACGCUACUACUGCGAGUUUCCUAUCUACAACCCCUAUCUGGACAGACCUCCCACUUCGUCCAAGUCCCGCCACGCCAAGGCGUCAUCGUUCAAGUACUAUGAUGUCGACAGCAAUAUGCAGAUGGCGUCGGGCGGUCGAGUGGUGGGUGGUCGCGGAGGCAGUAGGCGUGACUCGUCGCACAACGAGCGCUUCUAUGAGGAGCACGACUGGGAGCGCCGCGUCAGGAAGCGAAGGGCCAGGCUGAUAUCGGCCACAGAGGACGCCUUCACGCACAUCAAACGCCAGCCGCAUCUCAUGAAUACAGGUGGCGGCGUGUUAAUGGAACCGGAGGAAGCAGCAGCUGCGGUGUUCCCUGGGUUGGCCCGGGCACUGCAGAAGUAUCUGCGAGUCACCAGACAGCAACCUUGGCAUUCGCCUGACAGCAUUUUACAGCAUCUGGCGCACUGCCUUGCUCACGACCUGUCGCCACAGGCAUUCCUACAGCCUUACAUGCAGCCGGCGCCCGUGCUGAUGAACGAAAAGGAGCGCGUACCUGUGCAGACGUGGUCGCUGGUGUGCGGCGAGCUGCUGUCGCGCCCGCUGCGCCCCGGCUGCUCGUUCCAGCUGCGACAGAAGGACGUGUCGCUGCUCUGCCAGGUGGUCGCACUGCCCCACCUCAACCUCACCGAGGAGGUCAUCGACCCCACCAGCAACCGGUUUGUUCUACGGUUGAACUCGGAGACGUCCGUUUGACGGCCGCCAAGGGGUGGGGGGUAGGCUAGUGAGUGAGUAAUUGUUGGUUCGAGUGGUCGAGGGUCUGGUUCAAAGAAAAUUUACAAGUCCUGUUCUAUAGUAGCUGCACCAGGAGAUAAAAUUAAGAAUCAAAUUAAUCUUGAGAUAAAAACAGUUGUCAAUCAAUAUUGAGAAUGUGUAGAAACAAAUGCAAGAAAAGCUCCUGUUGCUUUUAGAGAGUUCAGUGGAUAUAAUAGCAUACAUUUAAUUCUAAAAUUAUCCAAAAUUUCUAAAUAACAGGGGCGCCUUGUCGUUUAAAACUCCAAAAUUCUGAAAUCGAAUUGUAUGCACGGCUAAGGCAAGCAUUUUUUUUUGUUGAAUCUAAGACUUGUAAAUUUCUUUGAAACUAAUCCUUGUCUAUCUGAAAACAGUGGGCCCUCUAGCAAUUAAAGGAUAAAAGCAGUACAGCAGAUUACGGUUGAGAGGUUAUAAACAGUACAGUGUUAAUCCAGCAAUGUGUCUUAGUGAGGUUUUAAGAGUUUUUUUUGUAUUGACAUUCAAUCGAUGGCGAGGCAUCAUUUUUAUUUGAUUUGACGGAAUUUAUUCAAUUUCAAUUUUAUGACAAUAGCAUAAUUGAAUUCAUUAUUGACUUCAGUGAACUACUGAAAAAUUAGCAUUCCAUAAUUAUCAUACUCGUUAAUUGAAAAGUUAAUUUUUAUUUUUGUAAAUUUUUACCUACUAUAGUAGGUAGCUUACUACUAUUAUUAUUCCUUAGCGAUACAGCUCAUUCAAAGCCUUGACCUCCUUCAAGAAGCCUCUCCAUUCGUCUCUAUUGGCAGCCGUACGUCUCCGUCUCCAUCCCCUGAUACCCAGUUUAUUUUUCAUGUUAUUCGGUCCCAAUCAGAUGCUUUUUUACUUUCCUUGCCCUAUUACCAUAGGUAAGGAAAGUAUUGCUUUCCAAAAAAAAUUAAGGUACACCAAUUUCUAAAUUUUUGUGAUCGUGUACAUAACACCCAACAAUUUAUUACUGUAUACUUUCCACAGUUAGUAUUUCCAUUGUUUAAUUAUUGGUUAUAAUGAUUACAAAUCAUUCCUACAUAAUGCCUCGUCAUCGUUGAAUAGGAAAUUAUGUGCAAACCAAAGCUGAUGUAAGCUAUGAAGAUUUAGUAAGAUGUUCGGUUUGGAUUUAUAAUUGGAACAUACUAGAUAAUAUAAUAUUCAAUAUUAAUAUAUUAUUAUAGUAAUACUUUUCCUAUAUUUGUCAAAUCAACAAUAAGUUACAUUACCCUGAUUAUAUAGGGUGAUUCAAAAAGGGCUUUACAACUUUGAAAUUUCAUAUAAAUCUUAUUAAACAAGGUACAGAGCUGGUUUUGAUGUUGUUUUAAAGGAAAACACUUCAAGUUUUUUUCCUUGAACUAAAGAUGUUCUAUGUGACUUCCCUGCAGACAUCCAAUCGAUAGUCGAUUAUCGAAUCGAUAGUCGAUUAUCGAAUCGAUAGUCGAUUAUCGAAUCGAUAUUUCUUUCCAGACACGCACUAGCAUUUCAGGUGUAACUUGCUCAACAGCAGCGCAAAUCCUUGCUCUAAGCUCAGGUAGAGUGGCUGGUAAAGAAGGUACGUACAGUACACCAUAUCUUUUAUGAAAUCCCACAAGAAAAAAUCCAGCGGUGUUAGGUCUGGGGAACGAGGUGGCCAUGCAAUUGGCGCAUCACGGCCAAUCCACUGAUUUGGAAAGCGGUAAUUAAGAAAAUCCCGGACGUCAGUCAGAUACUGUGGUGAUGCGCCAUCUUGCAUAAAGAAAAAAUUUCGUUCACAGUCAUCCUCAUCGAUCUGUGGUAUCAGAAAUUUUUGCAACAUAUCAAGGUACACUAUGCCGUUGUUGCUGUAUCUCUUGGAAAAAAGGCCCGUACACUUUCCUCUUAGUCAACGCACAAAAAAACGUUCACUUUAUGGCUAUCACACACAUGUUGCAGUGUGUCACUGGACCAGGCAAUAGCGGACUUAAAACUUGAAGUGUUUUCCUUUUAAACAACACAAAAACCAGCUCUGUACCUUGUUUGAUAAGAUUUUAUGAAUUUUCG